AUUUGAAAAUGGAAUAAGGAAUUGAAUAAUGUGGAUUUAGUAAUCGAUAUAGAUAAGUGGGAUAAAUAGUGAAUAGUGGAAAGAAGAUGAUUAGAAGAGAGGAGGAGGGUAAUAAAAUAAUAAGAUUGGAUAAAUUGAGAAAAUAAAUAGUGAAUUUAGAGAUUGAAACAAAGAAACCAAAGAUGAAAUAAAAGAAACUAAAUAGUGAGAACAUGUUAUUGAAAGAGAAAUAACAGUUAGAGGAUGACAUUAAAGAUAUAAGUUAAAGAUUAGAAAAAAUGAAAGAGAAGAAGUUAGAGAAUCGAUAAUAAUUAAAUGAUUUGUUAUAAGAUAAAGAAGUAAAGUUUAAAUUAACUAUUGUAUAUAGGAUUUUGAAUAAAGAUGGAACAAUAUUUAAAAUGAUGAUGAGAUACAAAGUUUUUAGGAACGAAUGCAAAGUAUGUGAUUAUUCAUAAUAUUAUUUUUUUGAUACUAGCUCUCCUAAACGAUGAUUAGGAACCACCUAAUAAUGAAAUAGAGAUAUUGACAAAAGAAGUAGAAGAGUUAUUGUGCUUUAAAAUAGAUGAUGAACCAUAAAUAUAAGGAAAAAGGAAAUACGAUUUAUUUACAAUAGAAGAGGAAUAAUAGGAUUUAUCUUUUACUUGA